AAUUACAUUCCUUCAGUUUCCAUCUCAAAUCCCUAAUUCCCAAUUCUCACUUCAUCUUCAUCUUCAUCUUCUUCUUCUCUGGUUCUCUCAGAUCUCAAUGGCGAUUCCAAAGCACAGGUCCGUCUUCAGCCACAUCGCUUCAAGGGAGCUCAACCCCCUCCAAGGUCGAAAACGACCUCACAUGGAUGCAUUCAAAUAUGGUUACUACCUUUACGGAGGUAUAGCCACACAACACUAUGCAGAAGACACUAUCCCUCUAUCAAUUAAGUUCGGCAAGACCUCAAAAUACGGUCACAUCUUCGCUUUAUCUGAUGAGGAUGGAUUCGUCAACUUGUUCGAUACUCGCCGCAAAUUCAACAGUUGGGACCAUGAACUAAACGCAGAGAAUUUAAGGAUUUGUGAUUGGGUUUCGCAUCGUAAUGCUGUUUUUGAUGUCUGUUGGAUUAAGGAGGAUACACAGAUUAUUACAGCUUCUGGUGAUCAAACUAUGAAGGUAUGGGAUGUUCAAGCGAAGAAGUGUCUUGGAGUGUUGGCGGGACACACUGGAAGUGUGAAAUCUGUGUCUUCUCAUCCAACUAAUUCUGAUAUUAUUGUCUCUGGUUCAAGAGACGGAUCCUUUCGUCUUUGGGACUUAAGGUGCAACUCAAUUUCUAAGACUGGAAGUGGGGAAGCGAGCAUAAGUUCAACGGCUGUUGUCGAAGGUGCACAUCUUUCAUCUCAAUCAAAACGAGUAACAAGGCGCAAGGCUGCCUCAAUGAGUAUUACAUCUGUUCUUUAUCUCAAGGAUCAAGUUUCCAUAGCCACUGCUGGGGCGGUGGAGAGUGUGCUGAAGUUUUGGGAUACUAGAAAUUUGAAAAGUAUUGUCACACAGACAUGUCCUCAUCCUCAGUCAACAGAAAAGCAAGUACAUGGUAUAACUAGCUUGUCUCAAGAUGACAGUGGACUUUUUCUUACAGCCUCUUGCAUGGAUAACCGAGUUUAUCUGUAUAAUACCCUUCAACUUGAAAAGGGGCAUUUUAAAUCUUUUUCUGGAUGUCAAAUAGAGUCUUUUUUUGUAAAGGCUGCAAUUAGUCCUGAUGCAUCGCACAUAGUCUGUGGUUCUACUAAUGGAAGACCCUGUGUUUGGCGGGUUAACAAGCCUCAAGACUAUAGUAUUUUGAAGAGUCAUUAUGAGGAAGUUACAGCGGUUGACUGGUGCUCCUCUGACAUAAACAAGUUUGCAACAGCUUCUGAUGAUCCUUCAGUUCAUGUAUGGAGACAAUCCAGUAGUAUCCGCACAAAAGAGACUCCACUUCCCCUCCGAAGAAGGAUAAUUAAUAUGCCUAGUUGCCACUACACACUGGUUUCAGAUAAUGAAGAAACACGCCGCAAGCAAGAUGCCGAGGCUUUUUUAUACAGAGAAGAAGAACCUCACCAUCAAACUGAGCCAGCCACUCCAAUCACACCACCUAAAAUGAACACAUCUGAAGGCCACAAGAACCAGCUCUCAUCAGGAUUGGAUCAAACUCUUGACUCUGAGAAAACUCCAGAGUCUGCCUUGAAGAGCCCUUCAUCUGUAUUGAACCCGCCAUCCUCCCUAAAAAGAACUAUCCGGGACUACUUCUUAGCAUCUUCAUGAUAGGUUCAUUAAACUAACUAAUUUUUUUGAUAAGUUAUUGCACAUUGUGAUCCUGUGUAAGGGAAGGCAAGAGGCUUGGAAUUUCUCCAACUAUGUUCUUGGGUUUUUUGAAAUGUAAAGUGCUUAGAAGUUUGGUUGUAGCAUAAUUCAUCCGUGAGAUUUUUUACUCCUUAGUUGUGAUCAAGCUAGGGAGACUAAAAGCCUUAAACAUAAACUGGACAUAUGUUUGUUUCUGCUGUUUUGGUAGAGACAAAUGGAAUGUUACAUAUAUACUAGAUGAGCAUGUAAAUUCUGACUCAUUUUUUUUGCAUCAGAAUUAGGCCAAAAAGUGAUGCCCCACUCUAAUAUCAUCGUUGAUGUAAUUGGUGAAUGGUGAUCUAUGUGAAGCGUGACUAGGGUAUAUAAGGUGCUUGGCUUGUGGCUUGUGCCUUGAGCUGAGGGUAAUGUCUUCACCAGAAGUGAAAAACUAAAUGCUUAAAGGUGUAAUGUACUUUGUUAAAACUCAUGAAAGUACUGAUUUUUGAACCUAGUUUUGCUUGCUCGGUGACCAUUUCGUGAGUAGAAAAUA